GCCGUUCAGUCACAGUGCAUUGUUGUGGAGAACUCUUUAUACCCGCACAUGUUUAGUUGUGUCUGCUUCACUGUGCUACACUGAAACAUCGAAUCGAAGUCUGCAUAUUGCAUACGCUGACUGGCCCAGAAAAAUGGCGACCCAGCUGACUACAGAGAAGAUCGCCGAGUUCCAAAAAAUCUUCCAAUCCAUCGCCAACGACAAGAAAAUCAUCAGUCCUAAGGAGCUCCGAGCCUGGAUUGAAUCCAUGGGACAAGACCCGACCGACGAAGACCUCAAGGAAAUGAUAGAUGAUGCCGACUUGAACAAGACCGGGUACAUCAACUUUUUCGAGUUCCUUGUCCUGAUGGACCGGAUCAUGACGACACAGAGGGAGGUUCGUCUGAGGAAAAUGUUUGACGAGUUGGAUCGGGACGAGGAUGGGUACAUCAAGGCGUCCGACCUGAUAGAGGUGAUGACAGAGCUGUCCAUGGAAGAAGCACAUGAGAUGAUCCGGGAGGCGAAUCCUAACGGGAACGGCAAGGUGAGCUACUCGGACUUCCAGAAGAUCAUGGGUCCGUCAUGAGCCCGUGGCUCCCCCUUCACAUCUGCU